UGUGUGCUGUUUACAGUGAGUUCUUUGUAAAAACGGUCUUCACCGGUCGUUGCUGGAAAUAGCGAGACGAAGAACCACAAAAUAUUUUACCGAGAACCAAUGAAAGGUACAUAUAUAGGAGACGAAUAUCAAUUAGUAUAAUUACCAUGGUUACUCAUAAAGUUUACGGAGCUAUUUGUAUAAAAACAUCGUUACAUUACAUAGGAAAAACCAGUAAAAACUCUUUCAGUAGAGUAAAAAGACUGUCAAAUCUGUCUCUAAUAUCAAACCAGGGGACACCACUUCUUAGUUUAGAUUGUGAAAAACUCUGUGGAAGUCUUGGAUGAGCUACAAUUCUUUGAAGGUAGAAAGUAAAAAUGGAAAACGGCCAAACUACUUCAACCAGAAAUGGUGUCAGUGAUGUCAAAAAGUUAAAAAUGGAACGUAAUACAAUGAAUGGAGCUUCCAAUGGAACAAAUGGUGCUCCAGCAGAAGACAAGCACCAUUUCCUGACAAAGCUGAUGGACCUGAUGAUCACAGAGGGUAUUGACAAAGCCAAUGACAGGAAAAAUAAACUUGUGGAAUUCAAACACCCCAAAGAAUUAGAGAAAAUUAUAGAUCUGAAAUUGAAGGACCCAACCAGUGACGACCGUCUACUGGAUAUAUGUAAUGAUGUCAUAAAAUACAGUGUUAAAACAGGUCAUCCCAGGUUUUUCAAUCAGUUAUUUGGUGGUCUGGAUGAGUAUACCCUUGGUGGUGCAUGGCUUACAGAAACAUUGAAUCCUAGCCAGUACACAUAUGAAGUUAGCCCAGUGUUUACUUUGAUGGAGCAAUGUGUUAUCAGAAAAAUGCUGAAUUUUGCAGGAAUUGAAAAUGGUGAUGGAAUAUUUUGUCCAGGCGGCUCCAUUUCCAACAUGUAUGCACUUAACGUAGCUCGGUAUCAACGAUUUCCGGAUUGCAAAACGAAGGGGAUGCAAGCCCUACCUAAAAUUUGUGUAUUGACCUCAGAGAAGGGUCACUAUUCAGUGAAGAAGGGAGCAGGAUUUUUAGGUAUUGGCAUGGAUAAUGUUCUACCUAUUCAAACUGAUGAUCAGGGUAGAAUGUGUCCCAAAGCAUUGGAAAAAACUAUACAAGACUGUAUAUCCAAGGACAUAGUACCAUACAUUGUCAACGCAACAGCAGGUUCUACUGUACUUGGAGCAUAUGACCCCCUGGAAGCUAUAGCUGACAUCUGUGAGAAAUACAAAAUCUGGAUGCAUGUAGAUGGAGCAUGGGGCGCAGGUUGUCUGUUGUCACGGAAAUAUAAAGGGUUCAUGAAGGGAAUUGAAAGGGCAGAUUCUAUAACAUGGAAUCCCCAUAAAAUGAUGGGAACAAACUUACAAGCUGCAGUUUUCCUUACAAAACAUAAGACAGUCCUGUUAGAUGCCCAUUCAGCAAAGGCCAAGUAUUUGUUUCAACAAGACAAAUUCUACGAUGUUUCCUACGACACGGGUGACAAAUCUAUACAGUGUGGACGUAAAGUGGAUGCUCUGAAAGUGUGGACCAUGUGGAAGGCUAAAGGUGACGCUGGACUAGAGGAAGAUAUUGAUAAUUUAUUUUCCUGUUCAAGGUACCUUACACAGUUAGCUAAGGCAAGAGAUGGGUUUAAAAUGGUACAAGAACCCCAGUGCACAAAUGUGUGUUUUUGGUAUAUACCUGAGAGACUGAGAGGAAAACCUGAAACAGAAGAAUGGUGGGAACAGGUCGGAAAGGUUGCUCCUGUAAUCAAGCAAAGAAUGGUGGAAAAAGGAACACUUUUGAUUGGUUAUCAGCCUGAAGGCGACCUUGUGAACUUUUUCAGAAUGAUUUUUUCCAAUAAUGCUGUAACUAAAAGUGAUGUUGAAUUCAUUAUUGAUGAAAUAGACAGAUUAGGUUGUGAUUUAUAGUAUUAACCAUGAAUCCUUUGUCUUAAUUACAUGAUCGUGACCAUCAAACAAAUUAACUAUAGAAAAUUCAGAAAUGAACUUGGUGAAGAUUUAAUAAAACCAAACUGUUAAAUGCCUUGCCUUUUAAUCAUCAAUAGAUCAUGCAUAUCAUUAUUUUGUCUAUUCACUUUUGUUAGUACAUAAUAUUUCAAACUGUGGAGUGCCUAGUCAA